AAUCACUCAAACAGAUACUACAACACGAUGGACGUGGACAACAACAAUAAUAUCAAUAAUAAUAUCUAUAACGAUGGAGGUAGAUCUGCUUUGGAUUUACUAAAAGAAGAAUCAGAAUGUAAUCAUAUUAUAUCAUUCUGUUUGGCAUUGGACACGAUGCUACGUGGUGGCAUACCUUUGAAGAAGAUAACAGAGUUUUGUGGAGUACCUGGCGUAGGCAAGACUCAAAUGGCCUUCCAACUGGCUGUCAACUGUGCCAUACCAAUAGAGUUUGAUGGCGUUGCUGGAAAAUGUCUGUUCAUCGACACUGAGGGCUCUUUCGCAGUGUCGCGCAUCAGACAGAUGGCCACGGCACUGAUUGAACACCUGCAUCUGGUCGCUGCCGAAGCCACACCAGAGCUACAGAACAUUGCCAACAACAUGACGGUGGACCAAGUGAUGGAUUCAAUAUUCUAUUAUCGAGUACAUCAUUACAUUGAGCAGAUUGCCUUGGUCAACAUGCUCCCUUCAAUCCUGUCCAAUAACCCAGACAUCCGAUUGAUCAUCAUUGAUAGCAUAACAUAUCCGUUCAGACGCGUGUUCAAAGACAACUUCCUAAAGACACGAUGUCUGUCGUCAAUGGCGCAGAGUCUACACAGUGUCGCGCAACAAUACAAUGUGGCCGUGGUGAUCAUGAAUCAAGUGACAACCAAGGUCGUGGCCAACAGCGAAGAAUCACUGCUCAUCCCUACACUGGGCGAGAGUUGGUCACACACAUGUACCAACCGAGUCUAUCUCUACUUCAAGGAACACCAACGAUACUGUCAUCUCUACAAGUCACCAUCAUUCCAAUCGACCAACAGCGAGUUCUGCAUUGGUCCCAAUGGUGUGCGAGGCGCAGACGAAGAGCCACAACCACUGGAAGACGAGGAUGACGAGUUUGAAUGGGAGGAAGAGGAUUUUGGAGUUGGAGUUGGAGCGCCUGAUUCUCAUUCUCCUACACCGCCUGUA